CUCACCUCCAUAACGGGAGGUGCUCGAGGUUCCCGCUCAGAACGUCGGUCCGGGGGCUCUUCCGUAACCGUUGACGCUCACUAUGACUUUUUGAGGGAACCAUUUUGACUGGAUUUCUGGAUUUCACUACCUGAAGUAAGGAAGAUGUUUUCGUCGGUGAGUAAACGUUGUUUUAUGAUAGAAUCAUUGGUGGCCGAAGAAAACUCUCAAACCACGGAAGAUCCCAUCCGACCGACGGCCCUGACUUAUUCAAACUCCACUGACGCUUUCACGAGCGGGUACCAGAGUCCCACCGGCAGGUCUCUGUAUCAGAACCCGGAGCUGGUGUUCCAUGAGUCGGUCAACCACCCCGGGCUGACCAUGAACCCCCACCAGCUAGGAGGGGGCCACCUACAACACCCUUCACACUUCUUUGGGACACAACACCGAGACCCUCUCAACUUCUACCCAUGGGAUUUACGAAACAGGUUAUUCGGAUACAGAUUUCAAGGAAACGAUGUUUCCCAAGAAAGCCUGCUACUCCACCGCCCAUUCGCCCGAAAACCCAAGCGCAUCCGCACCGCCUUCUCCCCGUCGCAGCUCCUGCGGCUUGAGCGGGCGUUCGAGAAUAAUCAUUACAUAGUAGGAGCUGAGAGGAAACAGCUGGCCAACAGUCUCAGUCUGUCUGAAACACAGGUGAAGGUCUGGUUCCAGAACAGGAGGACCAAAUACAAGAGACAGAAGCUGGAGGAGGAGGGGCCUGACUGUCAUCAGAAGAAGAAAGGAAACCACCACAUCCACAGAUGGAGGCUUGUCACAAAGCACGGCAGCUCCGAGGACAUCGACGUCGGACUGGACUAAGACCCCCUGGACGCCCCUGUGCCCCCUCCAACCCCUGG